AUGUUCCGGUCGUUACCUUAUGCCGUUGCACAGAGCAGUAGUCAACCGCCAGCCGUCGUUCCCAAUGGCAUAAGCGACACUUUCAGCUCUACUCUGAUCAUUUUAUUCGUCCUCAUUUUUAUUUCUCUUUUGUUCAUAUUCUUCAUCGCCAUCUGCAUCCACCACAGCCCCCAGACCGAUAAUGACGUGGAAGACCGAAUAUCACGUAAGGAAAAUCGAGGGCUCGACCCGGCUGUGAUCGAGACUUUCCCAAUUUUCGCUUACUCACAUGUGAAGGACCACAAAUUGGGAAAUGGAGCUCUGGAGUGCGUUGUAUGCUUGAACGAGUUCGUAGACGAAGAUACUAUUCGAUUGCUGCCCAAGUGUGAUCAUGUCUUCCAUCCUGAUUGCAUUGAUGCUUGGUUAUCUAAGCACACAACCUGCCCAGUCUGCCGAGCUAACCUCGUUCCUGUACCGGGCGAAACACAUGCAAUUAUGGUACCGGUACAGGAGAUAGAAGGCGAUUCCGAUGGGGAAAUUCCGACAUCGGAACCAGUGGAGGCAGAGAACGAGCAAGUUUACAUUAAUGUAUUAAGCGAAGAACCACAGGUGGUGGCAGUGGCAGUGGCAGAAGAGGUAAUUAAUGAGACGCCAAUGCAGAACCGGCCAGCGAGAUUGACGAAGCCGAGAUACGUGUGGAGAUUUUCACGGUCGAAUUCGACGGGGCAUUCGCUGGUUCAACCGGGAGAAGAUGUCGAGCGGUUCACCCUCCGGCUUCCGGAUGAUAUGAGGAAGCAAAUCAUGACCAUGAGGCAAGUGAACCGCACUAGGAGUAUGGUAGCGUUCGCAGGGCUAGUGAGUCCUAAGAACGGUUACCGGUCGACCGAUGAAGGCAGUAGCAGAGGAAGGAAAUCGAUGGGAGAGAAACCGGAAGGUUGGGUCUUCUCGAUGACAGCGCCUUUUUUCAUGAGAUCCACUUCUCCUCGGUCACCGAAGAUGUUAGCAGAAAGGGAUGCUCCGGUGGCUUCUCCUCGUCCUAAACCCCUUAGAUCGCCAUUGCGAGUAUGCACAAAAGUUGACGAAACUGAAACUGUAGCGUUGUUGACUCGCUCUCCGGUUUGA